UUGAUUUCAUAUUUCAGGGUUUGCUCUAUAGGACUAGUAUUUCUGAACAAAUAUCUCCUGAGCAGCAGUGAUCUACAGCUAAACGCCCCCCUUUUCGUUACAUGGUACCAGUGUGUCGUUACCGUCGGCCUUUGCUUCUUAUUAUCAUUUUUGUCCAAAAGUCUUCCUCAUGUUAUAACAUUCCCUCGUAUGACACUUGAUGCGAAGAUCAGCAGAGAGGUUCUUCCGCUGUCAUUGGUGUUUGUUGGAAUGAUUGCAUUUAAUAAUCUUUGCCUUAAACACGUGGGCGUAUCAUUCUAUUAUCUAGGACGUUGCCUCACAACUGUAUUUAAUGUGGUGUGCACAUAUUUGAUUUUGGGCCAGAGAACCUCUCUUCGAGCUAUAGGGUGCUGUUUUCUUAUAGUAGCAGGAUUCCUCAUGGGUGUCGAUCAAGAAGAUGCCUCAGGGUCUCUUUCUGUUAUCGGAGUUAUAUACGGUGUUUUGGCGUCACUUUGUGUUGCAUUAAAUGCCAUCUAUACGCAAAGUUCUCUUCCAAUUGUUGGAGAUUCUAUUUGGCGACUAACGAUGUACAACAAUCUCAACGCUAUAAUCCUUUUCCUGCCUUUCAUGCUUUUUUUUGGAGAGUUCGGCGAGCUGUUCUACUUUCCUAGGUUGUUUAGUCCUGUGUUUUGGAUGUGGAUGUCAUUAUCUGGUAUAUUUGGUUUCCUCAUGGGAUACGUUACUGGAUGGCAGAUUCAGGCCACUUCUGCUCUCACCCACAACAUAUCGGGAACAGCUAAAGCCGCUGCCCAGACUGUGAUGGCAGUGCUGUACUUCUCAGAGAUCAAGACUUUCAUGUGGUUUGUUUUAGUUAAUCAUAUUUUAAUGUUAGUUUCAGUGCAUUAUAUAUUGCUCAUACCUGCCCUUAUGUUAAAGGCACAGAUCACGAUGAUUUUGGGUAAUCCAGAUUAUGACGAAAAAUGGAAGAUAACUUUGAAGAUGUGCGAUGAAGGCGAAGAAAGCGCCUUCCAUGGGCGUUUCCAAAAUGAUAAAAGGCUUCGAAAAAGUCAUUACAAAGGGGCUUGA